AUCUCGUUGGUAGGUAACUAACGCAGCAGUAAGAGACGCGCUUUGGAGCGCACCGCUUGCGCCCGUAGAUGACGCAAAAAUAGUUUUUUUUUUAAAUAAUACGACUUUACUUUGUUAUUAUUCACUGUGAUAAAAAAAAUGGUGCCAAAGUACUGAAUAUCCGUAGACAAUCCUGUUUCUACGACUAGUUUUUUUUUUUCGAGUGAAAGGACCAGUCGCAAAAAACUUCUUCACCGUGUUUAUAUUGAGGUGGAAGUAGACGUGGGAAGAAUCGAGUUACGUGAUACGAUUGGUGGCUACUUAUCAACACUUGUAACAAUACAAAAUGGAUGAAAUCAAAAGUGCAAGUUGGACAGAAGAUCUGUUCAAACCAACGGAAGAACCUAGCAUAUCGAUGAUAGCGGAAGAAGUCCCGACUCUAACUGUGGCCACUAUUCUUGGAGUUACCAUUGUCAUACUCAUUGCUAUAGUUGUAGUUUUCGUUUUAGGCGUUCUUAUUGACUGGCGACAGCAGCGACUACUUAGUAAGAAGAUGGUUGAAGUAAAACGAAUGAAAAAUCAUAAAAGAGUCAAUACAUACCCUGAUGCAGAUGUGGUCAGCAUAGCGAACAACAUGGAGGAAGAAGGCAUAAGUACGCCACCAGCAGAAGCACUCAAGCACAUACCGUAGUCCCAGUAAAAUUAGCAAUUGAUAUCUAUUCACCAAAAGUCUCAAAUGUUUGCCUAAGAGUGUAAAGCUCUAGUUUUUAUCAUCAUUUAUAAUACGGCUUAAUUUAAACAUACAUUUAAGCCGAAUUUCUUCUAUUUUUGAUAAAUCAAUAUCAAUGUUUGUAUCGUGAUUUAUAAUAACUGUAUUGGAAUAGAAUUAUUGGGAAAUUCAUGAUCAUCGAUGGAUUAAUUUUGUUAUUGAUUGAUGAUAAUUGUUUUGACAUUUCUACUGAACUAUGUUACAUAAACGCAAAAAUUUAAGCUUUUAUCUUUGUAUUAUAAAUGAAAACGUUUUACCUUUCAGCAUGGUGAGAUUUAGAGGUCUGGAGGCCACGGGGCAAAAAAUGGGUCCGUUUUUAAUUUAUUUUCCUAAAAAAAAACCCUAAUUCAUUGAAUUAGUUUUUCACCAAAUGAAAGUAUUUUUACUUCUUAUACAUCUUUUAUACGGUAUAAAUUUUUCUUUUUCUUUUCUUUAAUUCUUAUAUUUAUUUAUAUAAAAAAAAAACUUUUAACAAAUAUAUGGCGUAUCUAUCUACACGUACACACUUUAUGAGUGUUUACUCGUCGGAAAUAAGACUAUUUAAAAAAAAAACUAUUGUGUGGGCUCUUUCUUGUUUGCUCUUGUGGCCUCUUCUUGGGAUCCUCUAAAUCCAACCCUUUUUAUUAAUUACAUUGUUAAUGAAAAAUAUAAUUUGACUUCAUCUAAGAAGUGAAAGGUAUCUUAGUUUUACUUAUUUUAAUAGAUGCAUGGGACCAAUGAAGUUGCACUGUUUUUUAUGUAAUUAUAAUAAAAAAAAACUUACAAUUCACCAAAAACGUUUCCUUCCAAAAGUUUACUUUAAGUAUAGUAAUAAGCAAUUAUUUUGAUAAAGUAAAGUAUUUUUCACUAAUAGAAUCUGAAUUUAAAUGUUUUGUGAUAUUAUUUAAUUUGACUAUAAAAUGUAGAUUGAUUUAAUAGUUAAACAUUAUUUAAAAUGAUUUAAGACAUAGAUAUAUAUUUUGUUAGUGUACAUACACUUAUUUUGAUUGACUAU